GUCACUUCAUGUUUUAAAGUUUGGUCUCUUGUAUUCGUGUUUGUUCAAAUUUAGUUUCGAAUUAUGCAACGAUGAUACUAUAUAUAAAUUAAUAUAUAAUAAAAUAACUUAUUUAAGAAUAGCCUUGAAUUAAUGUGUGUUUAUUAUUAGCGAUAUUUUACAUAGUCGAACUAAAAUAGAAGUAUUGGGAUAUAAAUAAAAUAAAAAAUGAGCAGGUGCAUGAAUCUAGUUGGCGGUAUAAAAAUAUUAAAUCGUAAUUUUUUCGUGAAAAUCGAAGCAUCCAAUGUGUUUCUAAAGAAAACGUAUUCGACUCGAGAAUUAUUGAAAGAAGCUUAUUGCCGCACCAAAUUGAAAUGUAGAUCAAAAAAAUUGCCUCAGGAUGUUAAUCCUAAAGGGGUAUUUGCAUGCAAUGAACUUGAUCUAACAGAGGUUAAAGUGUACGGAUUUGACUAUGAUUACACCUUGGCACAUUACAAACCCACAUUGGAACAUUUAUUAUACAACCUUGGGAGGGAAAUUCUGCUGGAAAAGUAUAAUUAUCCUGCAGAAAUUUUAAAUUUGGAAUACAAACCUAACUUUGCAGUCAGAGGUCUUCAUUAUGAUAUUGAAAAGGGUUUACUACUUAAGUUGGAUUCUUUUUUGCAAAUACAAUUUGGUGCUGUGUACAGAGGUCUGACUCCAGUCACCACAGAGGAAGUGCUGAAACUUUAUAAGAAUAGAAUAAUUCCAAUCGCUUAUGUUGAGGGCGAUAUGAGAGCUCAUAAAGCAAAUCGGGCGAAAAUGGUGCACUUGGCUGAUUUGUUUUCAGUGCCUGAAAUGGGGCUAUUGUGUAAUGUUGCAGAAUACUUCAUAAAAAAUCAUAUUGAUUAUCAUCCAGAGAUUUUGUUCUUAGAUGUCAAGAACUCAGUGCAGAGUUGUCAUCCAAUAAUGCAUAAGAUUGUAGCACAAAAUGUUGAAGAAUUCAUUAGGCCCAACCCAAGCCUCAGAAAGUAUUUCCAGAUGUUGCAAGAUUGCAAUAAGAAGUUGUUCCUUGUAACCAACAGCCCUUUCCAUUUUGUUAAUGCAGGCAUGGAGAUGCUGGUAGGCCACGACUGGCGUGAUUAUUUCGAUGUAGUAAUAGUGAAUGCUAACAAGCCAAAGUUCUUCACGGAGGUGUCGCGCCCUAUAAGAGUAUUUGAUAAGAACGCUAACACGCACAUCUGGGAGAAGGUCACAGCGCUCCAGAAGGGUAUCAUUUAUUAUGAGGGUACAGUGAAGCAGCUGCAAGACUUGACUGGAUGGAGUGGACACCAGGUGCUAUACUUCGGUGAUCACCCGUACAGUGACCUCGCUGACGUCACGCUCGAGCACGGUUGGCGGACCGGUGCCAUCAUCAAUGAACUCACGCAUGAAAUCAAUACUUUGAACACGCAAUCGUUUAAAGAGAACGCCAACUGGCUGCAGAUGUUGACUCAGCUCAUAGAAGACCAUCAAGAUUAUAAGGAACCCGAAGCGAUGGAAGUGAUGUCCCAGUGGAUGGCAGAAAGAGAUUUCCUUAGGAACGAAAUUAAGGCGGUGUUCAAUCCACAAUUCGGUAGUGUUUUCCGAACGUACCACAAUCCCACAUACUUCUCCAGGAGGCUGUUUCGAUUCGCUGACAUUUACACGUCUAAUAUAACGAAUUUACUCGACUACACACUCACUCACACAUUCUAUCCACGACGUGGUGUUAUGCCACACGAAUAUGGUUCUUAUUUUGUUUGAUUAGAACCCUCUUUAAUGUAAAUGUACAAAAUAUUAGUUCGCAUCAUUUCUGUAUAGUGUAUUAAUUAAUGUGUAAGGACAGUUUUUUUUAAAGUCAAUUUGUAUAGAAAAUGUUUUUGCAACUUUUACUAUUUGGCGUUUAUCAUUAUCAAAUUAGAGAUAUUUAAAUUCUAUCUUUAAGUAUUAUAUUACGCUUAAGCGUCGUUUUUGAUGAAUAUUGUGUCUUUCUUUUAUUUGUACAUAUCUUUUUAAUCUAUGGUACAAAUAGCUGGAAUAUCUUUAAAAUUAACUUGUAACAUAAGUAUUCAGCCAACUGUAUUCUAGUCAAAAGUAUUUGAUACUGUCUCAUGAAAUGCCAUUUGUGUUUAAGUAUUUAAGACUUUAUUGUUAAGCUGUCUUAUUAUUACAAUUGUGGCCUAAUUGUCUAAUUUCAAGAUAUAUCGUAUUCCCUUUCAAUGUUAUAGCGAUUUUUGGAAAUAUCUAACGUUUGAAGUCGCAGUUGCUUUCGGAAGAAAUUAUUUGAGUGAUCAAGUGACAUGAUUAAAACUUAGUAACUCAAACUUAUUCCAAUUUAAUAAACGGUAAAUUAACGAUAUGAUUAAUUCAAUACGAAAAAAAGAAAGUUGCGAUCAUAAUCAUUAUCACAUGUCAAAUAAAUAUCUUCCAAAUGACAACUUGAUAGGAAUUGCGAUCGAUUUUAAAAUUGCACAAUUAGGCCUCUGAUUAUUUAAACGUACGUAAGCAACGCUAUUGAUCUGUAAUCCUUUAACUAAGUGCCCGUAAAAAUGUCACUAGUAUUUUUACACAUGGUUAAAGUACCACAAAUCUAAGUAAUGAAAUUUUUUUUUGUCUGCCCGUCAGUUAGAUUAUUGAAGGAUAUAAAACACGUAUUAUUAGUUUUUUGCGUGAUAAAUAAAUUACGACGACACGUUGAGUUGAAAUGUAGCAUGACGUCACAUCUUUGCACUGUUUCUAAGUAUUUAUAUUAUGACGUAACGAGAUCCCACUAUUAUGUUAUCUAAGCCAUUUCUUUUUAAAUUAAAGCAAAAACACGUAUAAAUUUCUCUAUUGUCUGACUGACGAACUUAAAAUAAUAUCUUUUUUUUUUCACCCGUAUUACUUUUGUCCUUUAUUUUAGCAGUAUACUUAUUCAACCGCUAUAACCAAAUUUUAUUAUGAGGUUAGUUUGAUGCUGCCUUUUGUAAAUGUUGUCGAAUUUGUAGACAUUUCCUACAAAAUCGUAAUGGCAUUUUAAGUAAAUAGUACAUACCUAUUUAAGUGUAAAGUAUAAUGAUCGAAAUAAGUAUUAAUCAAUAUAUUAAAGAUUGAAUGUUAGUUAUUGAAUUACACGUAGGACCAUGUUAUUUUUGUAUACAAAAAUUUUUUAGAGAAGCAUUUUUCAUAAUUGAUAUCGUCGCAUUUUUUCUAAUGUUGUAUUUGUGCAAACUAAAUCAGACUUAUUUAUGUGUAUUUAAAUCUUAUAUAAAAGACGCGGGUCAAUUAGAUCUUUUAUUCUGUAGAGUAGACACACAUACAUGCAAAUUGCCCCGAAUAGGUAUAAAUAAAAUAGAUGUAGUCUCAACUUGUAUAAUUAGUGAGUUGUUGUUUGGACAAAUAGUUUACACUAGCCAUUGGUCAUUUAGUCAAAUUUUCGCGGCAGUUUGUAAAUUCAUACUUAUAAUUAAGAUUUAAGACUACAUUUUAUAGUUCUUCAAUAAAUCAUACCAAGAAUUUGACUUCAUGAAGCCAUUAAUUUUACUAGAUAACUUUUAGAAUGUGCUACAGACAAUAAAACCAAUACCAAUAUUAUCAUAUGUUUUUUAUCAGAUUAAAUGACUGGAGAGAGGAU